GAUUUUUCCAAUAUCAUGAGUCAUGGGCACAGCAGAGUCAGUGGGACUUUCACACAUAAUAUCAGCUUUUUAAAAAAUGCAGGAUUGCCCUUGGAUGGCAUUCUUAAUGCCAUGUGUGACCAUGGCAGAAGAAAUCACACCAUUACUAUAGCCUUACAGAGUGGCAGUGAAAGGAUUACUGCUGUGUUUGGAGGUCACAGACUGUCCACAGAGCCUCCUAAAUCCCAGCUAUCUGUGAGUUUAAAGCACAACAUCUCAAAGAUAAAGAAACACGGGAUCCCUUUUAUUGUGGAAGCUGCUGGAUAUUAUGAGAAUUUCACCAGAAAGAUUGCUGCAGGGAUAACAACCACAGUGGAGAUGGAACAGCUCAAAAUUGAAAUAGAGAAGAAAACCACUGGCAGUGCUAUGGAAAUCUCUCUUUCACUUCACCAUGAUGUGGGAGGAUUAACUGAAAUUGUUCCACGUGUACUAGAGGUUGCUUGCAGUGGAGAAUCUGCUAACAAACAACUUUCUGGCCUUUGCAAUGGAGCAAUUAGAUUUCAUCAUUUUGAGACUCCAGCAAGAGUUUCAGUGAAUGGGUCAAUGUUUACCAGCAACUUUACUGUCGUCUUCUUUGGACACGUUUCUUUUCAUGACGUGUUUGCCUGCCUGCAACUCCAUGCCACCACUAACAUCCAGCCUCAUGUAGAAAUUGCCUUCCAGCAUUCUUUGCCUUCGCUUCAGUCUCUGGGAAUUGCCAGAGAGAACCAAGUGAAGGUGUCAGCCAUGAGAAAUGAGAAGUAUAAGGCCAUGCUUGGUAUUGUCCUUGGGCCUUGCAGUUUAAAAGCUGAUGGAGAAGUGAGCCUGGCAAGCAAUGAAACAGAUACAGAAUGGGUACUUACUUUUAGAAACAAGUGCGUCAGUCUAGAGAGGAUGGGAUUGCCUCAUGCUGUAGCCUUCGAGGGCUCAUUUCAACAGAACAUCUGCAACGUUGGCUUGUUAAUGAACCUCCAGUGUGAUGGCAGAACAGUUGAUGUGCAGAUAGACACUUCCUGCGAACACGAAUAUACAGCCCAAGGGAUGCUCAGGCAUUCAGUUCACUGGCUGAGUCAGCUUGGGCUGCCUUUUGAAAACUCUCUCCUGUUGUCUGCAGCCGCAGACUCCACCACUGAGGGCAUUUUGUUGCUGCAGGCUGGGAAGUGCAAAUUUAAGGCUAGAGGAGACCUCUUUAUUCAGAAUAAAGCUGAAUGGACACUGGAAACAGAAACAGAAUGUCAGCUUCUGCAGGAUCUCAGUAUUCCAAAUCAGUCACGGCUCACAGGAUCUAUUCAGAAAGACAAGUGCCAAGCAGAACUUCUCUGUGUCCUUGAAGCAGAAGGCAAGACUGCCCAUCUUGAAGUGAGAACAGAGUGCGAGCCAAAGAUUACACUGGAAGUUCAAUUCAGGCAUGAUCUCCCUCAACUGAAGGAAAUCCCAAGGGAAAAUAAACUGUCCAUCACUGCACAAAACCAGUUAAAAUAUCAUAUCGGAACAGGAAUGAAAUUGGGUGAUUGUGAGCUUCAAAUGAAUGGGGACUUCGACCCUGAAAAGAAGCUUCAGUGGAAAAUGUUUCUAGAAAACAAAUGCCAAACAAUUCAGGAUCUUGGAGCACCAUUAAAAAUUGAUGGUUCAGGCUAUGUUUUGAUGGAUAAAAUGAACCUAGAGUCACAGACAUUGAUCAGUGUUGAUGAAAGUAAAUUACAAGGACUCAUUAUACUAAAAGUCACUGAUGUUACAGAAGAACUGAGCUUUAUCCAGAAAUUGGAUGUUUUGUCUCUUAACUACCAAUUUACUCAUAAUAUAGAGGCACUUAAGACUUUGCAAAUAAAAGACAGGAUUGAGUUGCAGGCUAUCUUGAACCUGAAAGUGAUCAAGAGCUUUAGUAUGAAAGUGUAUUAUGGUGCUCACCUAACAGUUCUCAAAGGACAAAUCCAGGAGUUUGAAACAAAUACCAACAUAACUGGGAAUUUCCAUCAUAAUUGGCCAUGGCUGCUACAAGCCAGAGUCCCAUCAUCUUUACAGAUAGAUGUGGUUUUUCAAGGGAGAAACACUACUCGGGAAAGAUACGUGCACAUUGCAGCUGGAGAAACAUCAAUCACAUACAUAAUAAACUCCUAUUAUGUGGGUCACCAAGUGGAUAUCUUUUGCCAAAGCAUACACAGUAGCGAGGCACUACAGGCAUCUGGCUACCCUAAGGCAAUCAACUUGAUUCUCAGUUUACGGAAAUCAGAAACCAAAGCCAAGACUAUCUGUGAAAUCCAAUAUGAUGACAAAGAUAUAACUGUGACUAUGGAUGUUGACACAGACUUUCAACUCUGUGGUAUAUUUGAAUUCAUGGCAGAGGUGAAGCAUUCAAUAUCAUUUCUCCAUCAUCUGGGACUUCCCUUCUUUCUUAAGGUGACAAUUCAAGAAGUCCUGACCGAAAAUGAAAUUGAAGGAGCUCUGAGGUUGACCUAUGAACAAAACACAAACUUCUCCUUUACCAUCAGUAGGAAAAAGGACCAGCAAGGUGAAGAGUUGAAUAUAAAAGCACUCCAGACGCAUCCUGUCUUUCUACAGUACUUCCCCGGUGCAGCAGAACUGUCUUCUAAGGUAAAUUAUGAUAUGACUGAAGCAAAAGGCAAACUCUACCUCAGUAUGGAAAAAAGGGAUUUCAAUGUUACAGCUAAGCUAACUUUCACUGGAACCAGCUACACUAAUGUCAUUGAAAUAAUACAGACAAUGUCCCAGUUAAAAAUUCUUCCAAGGCAGCUUGUGUUUAUGACGGUUUACCAAAAAGGCAACAGAACACGUAUGCUGAGGCACAUUGCUCUGCGGGAUGGCAAAGAGAUAAAGCUAACAGGCACUUACACUGGACUCUUCCCAAAGUUGGCUGGAGGUCAUGAUGUUCAGGUGGAACUUUUCCAUCCUCUCUCCAUCCCUUUCCCAUGGCAUGCCAGGGUCAACUUAUACGUGAAACAUUCAGCACGCAGUCACCGGGAUGAUCUUACUGUCAUUUGGAAUGAGAAGGACCAGAUAUCAGUGUCAUCUUCUCUGAAGUUUGGAAGAGACCAUAUGAACUACAGAGCCACUGUUGCCCACCCCUUUAAUUACACUCUGAAGCAACUGGAGGUCCAUUCCCUGUCAGAAAGAAGAGGCAGAAAGUACAACCAGCAGCUGCAGCUAAUAGGGAAUGGUGGGCAGCCCGCUGAUAUCCGACUGACCCUGGAGGAUAAAUCCAAGGUGAACAUCACUGCCUGGGAUGGCUGUAUGACACUCUCUUCAGGUCAGCUUCAGAGAGUGUUAAGUAUGGAACACCUGCAUGCAUGUGGGUCUCUAGAGCAAAGAUCAGCAUUGUUUAACGAAUAUCUAGAUCUGAACUGGGAUGACAAAAAAUUCAAGCACAAUUUAACGUAUGAGAGAACUCAAUUCCUGUAUCCUGAUAAAUUUCAGUUAGAAGCUGUUCUGGAAAAUAUUUUCCUGACCUCAUGCACCAAACAGAAGAUUCUGGGUAAAAUAGAAACAAACUACUCAUCUUGCCUGGACUAUUAUACGAGCUUUGAGUUCUGUGACCUUCCAAACGUAAUUGUUUUCUCUGGAAAACACCAGCUCAACAAAGAUGACAUCAUUUUGCAAUCAGAGGGCAGAGUCCACCUUGCUGAUCAUAGGAGAGAUGAAGGGUUGAUUGGAGUAUCCUUAAAAAAUCAGAGUACAGCUGAUGUAAAGAACUAUUCUUUGGAAAUUGAAUUAAGAGCCUUUGAAGAUAUUUGGCUAGGCCUGACAGGAACUGCUGCUUCCUCAUCCGUUCAGAGCCAAAUCCUGGUGGAGGGGAUUAUUGAUCAGAAAGAGAAAGUAAAAUUAGCUGCUUCUAAAGGAAAGGAGUGUUUUCAGUACUACAUGGGGUAUUUGAAAGGGGAUAUGGAAGAAGGAGUGGAAGUCAGUGCUUGUACUGAUGGGCAACAGAUGGCUACCUUUAACACCUAUCUCAACAUUAAUGGUGAAAGGCAAGAGAACAUGGGACAAAUGACCCUCGCAGCUGUUAAUGGAAGCUUGAGUCUUCUGGCUCAUGGAUGUGGGGAUCCAGUUCUUAAGGCUGAGUACAAACUUAAUGAAAUUGGGAGCCUUCUGAAAGCCAAACUGAUGGAGAAGAUUAAGAAGUUUGACGGAUAUAUGUGGAGAUUCAGGAGAUCAGUGCAGCAAGUUGAUUUUCUGUCUGAAGCAGCUGCCUGGCCUUCGAUAGCCUUACAAAAGGUAGCAGGAUUCCUCCACAGUGUGGGUAGAGCUGUCACCCAGGUGUGGAAGCAAAGUGGAAUCAGGCAGAUUCUGAGAAGCAAGCUCCCGCUUUACCUGGAUAAAAUUCAAGACAUUGUCCAGGAGAUGCAGAAUGAAUUGCAAAAGCCGUUAGCAACUUUGAAGGAUGCCUACUACGAUGUAACCUUGAAGCCACUGGAUGAAGUUUGGCAAGAGAAGACAGAAGAGUACAUGAAGAAAAUCCAGGCUUUUUUACCCAAGAUUGUAAAAGAUGUGUGGCUAAUGGAACCAAUUCAGGUGGCAUUAAAGGUUGUGAAAGCAGGCUUGGAUAUGACUACACAGCAGAUGCUCAGGUGGGCAGAGGCCAUGUUUUCUAGAGCUGUGAGCAAGAUCCGGAAGCCCCUACUCAACCUUUACAGUUUUUCAGCCAGGAACUGUUCGGUGGCAGUAAAACUGCCAGUACUUCCUAAAGCAGACCGCUCCCUGGAUCUGGCAAAUAUUACUAAUUAUCUCAUUGAAGAAAAGCUAAUGAGGCCUCUCCAAGACCUCUACAAUAUCAACAUAGUUGCAGAGUAUUACAGAUUCAAACGGAGGAUGAUGGAGAGUCCCUUUGAAUAUCAUGCGAUAUUAAUGGGGACCAAGCAUCUUAUGACUUUUGAUGGAAAAAUUUAUGAUUUGGCAUCAAAUUGCAGUGUACUUCUUGCCAAGGAUUUUGUCCACAAUACUUUCACUGUAAUACUGAACGAGGAAACCAGUAACUCAAGAUCACUGUAUGUGGAGAUGAACCAGACCGUGAUCAGUAUCUACCCAAGACUGAAGAUAUCCAAGAUGUAUAACUUUUCCUUUAUGGAAGAGAACUGCCAUGUGCUGGAUCAAUCCCUUGAAAAGAAUACCACUAAUUCAAGGAGAGAAACCAACAAAAUAGAAGUGUCUAAUCAGAAAGGAGUUUCUGUCUCUUGUGACUUUCAGUAUGAUCUCUGCACUGUCACUCUGGCUGGCUGGCAUCAUGGUAUUUCAGCUGGGCUUUUUGGUACCAAUGAUAACGAAGCUGGAAAUGACUGGAUAUUUCCUAAUCGUUCCUUCACUGACAACGUGCAAGAGUUCACGUGGAGCUGGCAGGUGGACCCUGAGCCAUUCUACAGCAUGUGUACGUACGACACCUGUGAAUCACAGGACCUGAAGGCUGCCUGCAGUUUAGCAGCAGCAUUUGUUCAUUUGUGCAACCGAAAUUUUGUCCCCGUGGAAAUUCCUCCUCAGUGUGCAUGCCAAGCAUGGCAAACGCCUUCGAAAAAAUACUGCCGUGAUGGCUGCAAGAACAAAGCAAAACGUCAGCAAGUAGAGCAAAAGGUUCCGAAGAGCUGCGUUACUUACUUUUCAGCUAACUGCAGCGCGCUUAGGGAUACAAAAUACAGAAAAGAGUUUAACUCUAUGCUAACUGCAGAUGGCAACCCCGAGACGGAUGCAGAUCCUGGGUCUCCUAGAGGCUGCAUACAGCACACGGCAGGUGCCAAAGAAGCCAUUUAA